AUGGCUCCAAGACAUCACUUCUCCUCGGACCACGAGAAGAUGCAAGAACCCUUCUGCAAAGACCCUCCCCGCCGACGCAUCAAAGCUCUGGAAUUCGAUACAUAUGCACUGAUAAGGGACAACGCACUCACUGUGAUAGGAAGAGUCACGAACCCCGCUGAACAACCGGUAGGAGCCCUUAUUAUAGCUUUGCCUAGGAAAUGGGAUCUUAAAGGUAGAGUCACGGGCUCAGAUCUAGGUCACAAUACCUUCCAGUUCCGUUUCGAGUUGGAAGAAGACCUGCAGAACGUACUCUCGGCCAGACCUUACCACUAUGCCCACUGGAUGGUCAUACUACAACGGUGGGAGCCAGUCCUCUCGCCCCUCUUCCCUUCUCAAAUUCUUUUUUGGAUAACACUCCACGGUCUUCCCUUACACUACUGGCAUGAGAGAAUGAUCUAUGAGAUAGGGCAAGAUCUACGGACUUUGGAAGACUACUGUAUAACAAAAACUUCAGCAAAGAUAAGAGUCAGCGUGGACGCUCUAAACCCCCUUGUCAAAGAGGCACUCAUUGAGUUUUCUGCUGGUGUAGAACUCCCAGUCUCACUGGAAUAUGAUGGGCUUGAACUACACUGCUCCAACUACAACAGUCUUGCUUACCUAGCUAGGUUCUGCCCCCUCUCAUCCAGAUCUGAGGAGGUUAACUCCCACCCCAGACACAGAAAGGCAGCACGAAGUAACUCCUCUCCCCCAAGGCGUCCCAGACGCUCUGAAGAGUUGCAGACACAAGUGAACAGAAGGUUUGAAAAAAGACCAAUCACCUCAGAAGAACCAUUCCACCAGAGGCUUGAUUGA